AUGAGAUCAAAUCAUUUAUUUUUUAGGAAAGUUAUGACGAGAUUAGAAGUUCACCCUCUGAACAAUUCAAGGCUUUUCUGUAUCAGUGACAGUUCCUCAACGUCGCUGUAUUCAGAGCCUUCAAAAGGAAGUACGAUUUUUGCCCAGCAAGCGCUCGACAGAUUUGACUGGGAUUUGUCGAUAGGUGAAACGGCCUUUGAGAACAUGACGGACGAUGCCAAGAUGCGUAACGAUCCCGGGAUGCUGGUGGGGCCAGACGGGAUGCUUAUAACGCCGGAGCUGCUUAUCGCGUCGCCUGGGAAGAUUGACGUGUUCGACUGCGCGUCUUUGGACGAUACUGCGGGAGCUCUCGAGGGCAUGUCUCUAGCGUCGGGUGAAGGCAGCAACUGUAUGCAGGCCAUGCGGCCGCGGUCUGAAACACGUAGCACGAACACGACGACUAGUCGGUCUGUUGCAAAGCAGAUUCUGCGCAACACGUAUGGUCCGGUCCGGUACAAGGAUUACGCGAACUAUCUGGGCAGUCCAGAGAACCGUGAAGUACUGCGUGAGUUUAUUGCGCUCUUACAACCACUGCCGGUUUCGCUGCUCUUUUCCCUGCGCAAGCUCUCGAAGUCGAUAUACUUUAUCGCAGAGGCGGGUGCGAUCGACGCAAUGUUGGAGGAGAUGAGCAUCCAGUGGGUGGAGAGGCACAAGCCAUUACACUACCAGGAUAAUUAUAAGUUGGUGCAUAUUGUACUGUUUUCGUUGCUCAUUUUGAACUCAGAUUUGUACAAUGACAUGGCACAAAUGAAGUUCACGAGUGCACAGUUUGUUGAUAACACGGUCUACGCUCUCCUGCGUGAAUCUCCAACCAUAGACAAACAAAGUUUUGAAGCGGAGCUACGCGUAUAUUACGAUCUUUUAGCUAUGGACCAAUUACCAUUGCACAAACCGCCUAUUACGGCUUCACAUUCGCGUGAUUCUGCCAAUCCUACGAAAAAGUCCUCUGUAUUCUACAGUCGUGGCCAUCGCAUGGAACGCACGUAUUCAAACUCUUCCACAUAUUCCAUGUCUACCAUUUCGCUGCAACGAACGACAACAGCCAUAGCCGCCAAGCAAACGGCUGCAGUUGCCUCUUGGCGGUUUCACAAUUUCAGCGACCUGCCUUUAAUAUACUGUAAGGAACCAUUUGAUGAUGAAAUGAACAACACUAACGAUUCCUCCUGGCUGAUGGAUCAUAUAAUACAGUUUCAGGAACCCUUGGGAUCGGUGUCCAGGGCAGCAGCAGCGUCAAUGGUAUCUCCCACAGCACAGCCUAGGAGGAAACUUUUCAACUGGUUGAAAAAGGGCCAACCGGACUCUAUUUUUAAAUCUCACCACGAGUUCGGUAGUGCUGAAGGGAAAUGGUACAACGCCAGGGUACGGAUUAGUGAAGGUAGGCUAUACAUAUUCAAUUUUAAAAAUCAACCCGCGCUUGAUCCUAAGACAGCGGAUUUGGAGCUCUGCAGGAGAAGGGCUGCAUCAUAUACCGUCCAAAACCUAUUUGGUGCCAUGGCAACCUUUGUUCAGGACAACAUAGUCUACAAGAGCAACAGCCAGACAACUUGGAACUUCGCGAUAACAUUCCCCAAGACUAUCGAUUGCGAAACCGAGAGAACUUACCAGUUUCAGACCAGCAAUAUGACAAUGGCACAGAGAUUUGUACAGGCAGCAACUUUUUGGAGUGCGCGUAUCACGCCUCUGCCUUCAGCACAGUUUGAGAUGGUCUCCAACCAGGAGUAUGGCUGGGGUGAGAAGCUGCUUUCUCGUCAAGUCGCAGCUACAGACGUCCGAUUGACUGAUUGGAUGCCACUGAUCGGCAUAGAUUCGAUCUAUGAUGAAAUCGAGGACUCCGGCGACCUAACCGUUGAUUCUCAGUUACAGAACCUACGUGUGUUCACUGAGCAUCUGACCCAGCUAUUAGACCAACACAAUUCCUACAAACCUAAAAUGGUGGAAAUAUGGACACAAAACCCCUCGACCCAGCAGUUCGAAAUGGCAAUGGAGAACUGGAACCGAAGGUAUCUCUACCUCAACUCCAUGUACGAAAAACACUACACAUACCUCAGGGCUCUCGAAACCGCCUUCGAAACGGUGACAGGAUAG